CCGGCACCGCCUCUCCAUUGGCGGCCCCGCGGCGGCUGCGGAGCUCCGCUCGCCCCGCGCGUCCGCCGGCCCCGCGCUCCGAGGCUCCAUGCGGCGGCCGCCGGCAUGCCCGGCACGCCCAGCCUGCUGCCGCCGCUGCUCGCCCUGCUGUGCCUCGGGGUCGCCGACCCCACCCGACCCCGACCGCGACCCCGACGAGCCGUGGUGCCCCUACAAGGUGGGCGGCGAUGGCGCGGCGGCGGCGGGGGCGCGGCUCUGCUUCCGCCCGCCGGCCCGCGGCUUCCAGUGCGCGGCGCGGGGGUGCCGCGCCCACCGCUCCGCGGGCGGUGCGCUGGUGGCCAACGUGCUGCGGAACGGCAGCGUGCUGCUGCAGUGGGGGCUGCGGCACUGGGGGCCGCCGCGCCCCGCCGCCGCCCUGCGCGGCUUCACGCUCAACUGCUCGUGGGACGGCACCUACACGCGCUUCCCCUGCGACAGCGUGGAGCUGGGCGCCGCAUGUCGCGACUACCUGCUGGCCGAGGCGCACGGCAGCGUGCGCUACCGCCUGUGCCUGCAGCCGCGCUACGCCCCGCCGCGCCCCGCGCCGCCCGCGCAGUGCGUGGAGUUCCGCGUGGAGCCCGCGGCCAUGCGCGACAUCGUCGUGGCCAUGACGGCCGUGGGGGGAUCCAUCUGCGUCAUGCUCGUCUUCAUCUGCCUGCUCGUGGCCUACAUCACCGAGAACCUCAUGAGCCCCGCGCUCGCCCGCGGAGGAGCCGCCGCUGCCGCCGGCCCGCGCCGCGCGUAGUGCGGGAAGGGAUGCUGCUGAUGCUGAUGCUGCUGAUGCUGCGCCGCGGAGCGCGGGGCUGGCGCCGGACAGCUCCCGCAGCCGUCAUUCCAGAGCUUUCCGGCGAGGGAAGAGGUUUUCCAGACUGUUCCGGCAGCGUUGGGUUUGCCAUGCCCAAAUUUCCAGGAUGUGGGUUUCCGUGGGAGCUCGGAGCUCUUCUUCGUCAUGGGGUGGCUUCUCAGCCAGAGCCAUUCGCAGUGACUGAACUCGUGGCAUCUCAGCGGAUCAAAAAGCAAUGGCAAAGGUCCACAAGCGCCAGAAAUAGUCUGUUUUUAAGGGCAAGUGCAGAUCUUGCCGAGGGCCUGUUGGAAAAGACUCUCCAGAACACCCUUAUUUUAAACCUAAAACCUCUUGGUCUUAGACCCGUGCUUGAUUUUAUUCCUGUGGGGUGAAGUUGUUUAAAGUUCAGGAGAACUGACUGGUGGAACCACAACCCCCAUAGCUAAGUGCGUGUUUGAUCCAAAGCUCACUUAAACCAAGUGUUUUAGGUGGGUUUUGUAUCAUGCCUUAUGCUGGUCACAAAUUUUGGGGCCUACACUGGCCACUGUCCAAAAAACAACGGGGGUUUUCUGGUCAGCUCCAGUGACCACCAACAUCCAACACCUGCUUUUCUCCCAUUCGAACUGUGUCAUAGUUUCACAAAGAGUGAAGGUAAAGGGAUAAAUUGAGUAAGAAAACUCCGUUUCGUUGAGCAACUAGGAACCAACCCUUAAUUAUAAGUAAGGUAUAAGUGAGCACCCCCGUUGCCCUCUGAAACCCCCUCCUUUAGCAACGCUGUGUGCAGCUGCACUAAGGUAGAAGCUUCUUGACCACAGAACUCACUGAUGUUGUAGCCGAGUGUUUUGAGCGUAGGAACACUCCUCGUUAACUCCUCACUUGAUGCUGUAGUAAAGUAAGGUUUUAGCCAUACUCCAGUACUGAUUCUAUUGUGCCUUAGUGCUGAGAAUUUGUCCCAUUUCUAUUGGUGUAUCUGUUCCUGUAGUCCUCAUAGGCAAGUGUAUCUCCCUCGUGUUCUUGUCUCUGGAAUUAGUGGUUGUUGGUUUGUCUGUUUGUUUUCUUUAAAAAAAAAACAAACAAACUUGGGCUGAUCAUUACUUGAAAUUUAAUAUAUACACAAAGUAGUUACCUUCAGAGAGGUAUUUAGUGAGGUAGUUUUUAGUACGUGUUGUUUGUAUGUAGCUGACUGCUGUAACACAAAAAAUUAAUUUAUUACCACUUAGAAACUGUGCACUUAAAGCAAAAAAAAAGUAGGGGAGCAGCUCUGCUGUAAAGGGGUUGUUGCUGUUAAAACACGUCAGGUUCACGUGUGGUCUGUUUGUGUAAAUGUUUAGCACUGGUGAACGACCUGUUUGCUUUUCCUUGUGAAAGUAGUUUGUGAAGUUUAAAGUUGGUGGUAGAGGGUAAGUAUAGGAAGUGUAUGGAAUCCUUAAUAACACAGAGUAUUUGUACUGAACAUAAUCCCUUCGAUAACUUGGGAGUGGCUGAGGAACUGAAGGUCUGCAUUUCAUCAGGCAGAAACACCUUUUUAUUUGUUUGUUAUUCCUGCUGUGCUUCCAUUCUCACAUGCAGCUGACUCCGUUUAAGUGUUCUGUGUUUAUUACCUUGCCUAGGUACUUGAUUUAAGCAACUUGCCAAUGCCAUCAUUUUUGGUUUUUUAUCCCUAAGGAGAUGGACUGUUGGAAGAAAAGGCAGUUUUUAAGAACACAAAGACAAAUUUUGGGUUUAAGUCAGCCUUUGCUGUAGCCAGUUCAGCACAGGAGCGUUGCAGUGCCACUGAUUUGGGACAUCUCUGUCAGCUUUUGUCAGCCAAUGUCACUGUUCUGUUCUUCAUCUUGUCAUGAAUUGCCAGAUGUGGAAACCAGCUGUAUAAACAAUGAGCCUUGUACCACCUUGGCAUUGAACUUAAUAAAUUAAGAGAAUAAUGAAAA